CCCAUGUGUGCCCAGAACAGUUCGAAUGGAGCGAGGAAGUGAGAUUAUUGACCGCAUUUAAUUCAGUUUAGGCCGAUUUGGAAUAAUUUAACCAAUUUCAGUGUGCUAUUAGAUACAUACGAUAUUAUAGAAUCGCGAUCGUUGUUUAUUAAUUCGUACGGAAGUAUCAGCAAUCAACGAUUGAAAAUGAGAGCAAUUGUUCAACGAGUGAUGAAGGCAAGUGUCACCGUUGGUGAUGAUUUGGUGAGUUCAAUUGGCAGAGGGUUAUGUGUACUGGUGGGAAUCUCUAAAGAUGACACAAAGAAGGAAAUAGAGUUCAUGGUGAGAAAGAUAUUAAACUUACGGAUAUUUGAUGGUGAUGACCAGAAAAGGUGGAUGAAAAGUGUGAAAGAUAAAAAUUAUGAAAUAUUAUGCAUUAGUCAGUUUACACUUUGUUGUACAUUGAAAGGCAACAAACCUGACUAUCACCUUGCUAUGGGAGCAGACAAUUCACAACAAUUUUAUGAAGAAUUUUUAGCAGCUUUAAGAAAAGCCUACAAACCAGAACUCAUUAAAGAUGGAGAGUUUGGUGCAUAUAUGCAAGUAAAUAUUCAAAAUGAUGGUCCGGUCACAAUUCCUAUUGAUAGUCCACCACCAAAAGAAUCACCAGACAAACCCAGAACUCCCAAAACUCCAGUAGCAGUAGUGAAACCUGAAUCCAAGAAAAAAAAUAUCACAGCUGAUCAUGCAGUUAGUUUUGUUGAUAAAGUCCGGUCAAGUUUCCAUGGUAACCCUGAAUUUUAUGAACAUUUUCUUGAUAUCAUGAAAGACGUUAGAAAUCAAAGUAUUGACACCUUAACUGUGGUGUAUCGCAUAGGAGUACUUUUUAAAGGCAGACCAGAAUUGAUACAUGAUUUCAAUUUAUUUCUACCGAGUAACUAUAGGCUGUACAUAGACUCAGGAGAUGUCAGUAAAAUAACUGUCAUUAUAGAUGGUGAUUGUUCUAUGUCUCUAGAUGCACUAGCAGAACAGAUUGAAAAAAAUAUAUCAACAGGAAGUCCAUCAUCUGAGGCUGGUGCUGUUGGAGGUGAAAGUACUAACAGCACUUCAUCUGAAGUAGAUUCAAUAUUACUGAAUGAAGUACUAUCACGGCUAGGACAACAACACUAAAUUGGUGAACACAAAAAAGCUGUGUUCUAUGAAACUUAAACGAAGUGGUGCCCUUUUGAAAGUGAUUAAGCUUUUGUCAUGGAUGUUUAUUAUUUUGUAAUGAAAGCUGAUUCAUGUGUUGACUGCUUGCCAAUUAAUAUUGGAUUAAUAGAAUUCAAUUAUCGCUGUAUCGUAAUGUUUUUAAGUUCAGCUGGUAAAUCAUCUCAUAAAUACACUUCCUAUGUAUAGGAAGUAAAUUGUAAACUGAUACAUCAGCCAUCGGCCAUCACCUCUAUGAUUUUUUCUGCAGAUUAAAUUUUCUGACAUUUAAAGGUUAUUUAUUCCCAUCAGUAAAAUGUAAACACUGAUUACACAUGAGUAAUCCCCAAGAUCUAGUAUAAUCCUUGGAAAGCCAAAGUUACAUCUUCAAAGGGCACAUUCUCCUAUCCACAAUUUGUUGUAUUUUUCAUUAAUUGUAUUGGAUAUAUUAUUAGUGGUUUGUUACACCAUUACUGAAUUCAGCAAAACUAUUACUAUUUGCUGGUUUUAUUCUGCUGUGUUCUACAAUGAUAUCUAUAACAAGCCUUACAGGAUCAGCGACAGCUCAAUUACUGCAACCACUGUGACAAUCACCUGAGCUUUGAUGGGCACAAAGUGAUAAUAACGUAACACUAGAAAAACUGACUACAUAUAUAGACAAGUUCGUAUACGAUAGCUGAUUGUCAGCAGGUAAUAACUAUACCCAUUUACAAAAUUACACUCUAAUUUGCCAUAAUAUAUUAAAACUAUAAUCUCCUUAAAAGAUUUUCUCCUCUUUGAUCUAGUUGCAUUAAACAUGGAUUACUUAGUACCAUUUCUACGGUAUAUUAGGA